AGAACUUGAGUAAAAAGCUCCAAAAACGCGUGCGCAUCUCACACUCUGGAGGCUGGAAGUGACCAACCUGGACCAUUGCGCAUCACAUCGGCGCGCGUGUGUGUGUGUUUCUGUGUGAGCAGGUGUGUGCAUGAGUAGUUUAAAUAGUUAUUUCUAAGGAGGUUUGCCCGUCUGGUUUGAUUUAUUUCUACCCGAGCUGCAAUGCAGGUGUCUGUGGCCCUCAUCGUCUCCAGUUCGGCGCUCCUGCUGCUGCGGCUGCAGGGAUGCUGCGCGGCUGCAAAGGGCUGGAAGGAAAUAAAGAACGAUGCAACGGAGACUUUACCGAACCGCAGGGAAAAUAUGCGGCCACCCCACGAGGCGAUCCUGCAGACCUCUAACAACAACAACAAUAACAACAACAACAACAACAACAACACACUAAACAACAGGGCAAAAAACGGAGGAAGAAGUUCAACUUCAAACACUGUUUCUUACAAUCCCUCCGAGAUGAGCUGCAGGGAGCUGCGUUCCACCCGCUACAUCACCGACGGAUCCUGCCGCAGCGCUAAGCCCAUCCGGGAGCUGCUGUGCUCAGGCCAGUGCCUACCCGCCCACCUGAUGCCUAACUCCAUCGUUCGUGGAAAGUGGUGGAGAAACAGUGCGGCAGACUACCGUUGCAUCCCGGCGCACUCCAGGACACGAAGGGUCCAGCUGCAGUGCCCCAACGGCAACACUCGGACUUACAAAAUCCGAGUGGUCACCUCCUGCAAAUGCAAGCGUUUUAGGCCCCACCACAACCAGUCGGUUGCCAAGGAAGUGCCGAAAAGACAACUCAGCAGGAAGCAUAGCCGCUUGUCACAGGAUCGGAGCAGUAACAACACACCACUGGUGGACAAUUCAUAUUAAAUCAGCCAAGGACUGAGACUGAACACGCAUACAUGUUACUCAUAAACCAACAUAUCUCCUUCAUACAGAGAAGGGAUGCAAGAGAAAGACAGAGAUUUCAUAAGCUAAUUUCUUUGCAUGAAGAAAUGGAUCAGCUCCAGUAGUGAUUGGUUAGGAGGGGACCUGUCAGGUCUUCCUUUUAAACAAAGUUUGUGUAAAGAUAAUAAGAAAACUUCCUAAAAUCUUCCAUCCCCAUCUGUACAAAUAUCAAGCAGAUGCUGAACCUCACUCUGUCUUAAGCUCCAAAGGUGCAUCUUCUCUCCAGAGUGAUGGUAAUCCAUCUUCUUUAGUGUUUGGGACGUCAACGUGAUUUUAAGAGGCUCCCAGAAAAGAUGAUUCCAGACAGACAGCCAAUCACAGCGGCUCUUUUCUCAAAUUAGAAACGCAGUCAAAGGAGGCAAAGAAACGAAAGUUAAUCACCGAUCUGAAACUAAGGGGGAUGGGCAAUAGGCAUUCCUGUGACUCCCCAUAAUUAGCUCAUUCCUGUGUUAGGAUUGAGUGGUACAGAGCAAUUUCCUUUUAAAAAAAUCAUGACUUCCUGUUUGCAGAGGUCACGCAGAGAGAAAGUGCCCAUAGUGUUUACGAGGCAUCAGAAACCAUUAGGGGCAGAGCUCUCUCUCUCUGUCGCACCCAAACUAGAAUUGUGUUGCAGCAGGCCAAGCUGAGCAGAAAUCUGUUUCUUGUACUAGUCAGCAAGAUUUAAAACCCCAUCCUCUCUGUAAAUAAUCCAGGCAGGAACAUUCAAAGACUAUGAGAAUCUCAAUGAAUUAAUUUCUCCAAGGAAGCAGCGAUGCCAGGCGUGUAUCGAUUUGAAGUGAACUUUUGUCAUCUCUGCAAUGUUUCUUUCUCCCUUAAAUUUCUUAAUGAUUACGAAAGUGUGCUGCAUUUUUUUUCUCUGAAAAAUCCAUUGAAGAAGCAACUGGCAAGAGGUUUAGCAUGACUGUACAUAUCAAACCUGCACGCGCCUCGCAGGAGCAAAGGGAGGAGACCCAAAGAAGGACUCUUAAAAAGAAUGAACUGCAUAUUUAUUUUUUAUGACCACAUUUAAAUUAUUUAUACAACCUUUUGUAGCAACUGAUAGUCAUUAUUGUCAUAUAGUGUGAUUGAGAAAAUAAAAGAUUAUACAGUACAUGAAUAAAAGUAAAGGCAGAUGUAU